AUGGCCCCAAUUCUUCUCGCUCCUCUCCUCGGCGCCAUAGGCUUCUCGGAAAUCGGACCCGUCGCCGGCUCUCUCGCCGCUGGAGCCCAAGCGGCGUUUUACGGAGGAUCCGUCCCUGCAGGAAGCAUGUUUGCGGGGAUGCAGAGGGCUGCCAUGGGAGCUCUGUCGGAGGAGCUUUACCGGUCGUCUUGGGGGUCGUCGGGAUCGGAGCUGUUGUGGUGGCGGUCAAGAUGUUCGCUUGAGCUGGGAGAACGGACACUUUGGAUCCAUGAGGAUGUCCUCGAACGAUGA